ACCACCGCCACAGAGCCAUGCUAGAAACACUUCCGGCCAACUCAUCGCUAUAUUUGUCAGAAAGACAGUUCAGUGGCCACCAUGGUGUUGCUGACUUUGAUCGCCCGAGUGGCGGACGGAUUGCCUUUGGCAGCGUCAAUGCAAGAGGACGAGCAGUCUGGACGAGAUUUGCAGCAAUAUCAGAACCAAGCCAAGCAGCUUUUUCGAAGACUUAAUGAACAGUCACCUACUCGAUGCACUUUAGAGGCAGGAGCCAUGGCAUUCCACUACCAAAUUGAAAAAGGUGUUUGCUAUCUCGUGCUGUGUGAAAUGUCAUUUCCGAAGAAGCUGGCAUUUGCUUAUUUAGAAGAUUUGUACAAUGAAUUUGAUGAGCAGCAUGGGAAGAAGGUACCAACUGUAUCAAGGCCUUACUCCUUUAUAGAGUUUGAUAAUUACAUUCAGAAGACAAAAAAGUCCUAUAUAGAUAGUCGAGCACGAAGAAACCUGGGCUCCAUUAACACUGAAUUACACGAUGUGCAGAAAAUCAUGGUGGCAAACAUUGAAGAAGUCUUAUUACGUGGUGAAGCUCUCUCAGCACUGGAUACAAAGGCCAGCAACUUGUCAAGUUUGUCCAAAAAAUACCGCCAAGAUGCAAAAUACCUGAACAUGCGAUCCACCUAUGCUAAGCUGGCAGCUGUUGCCGUGUUUUCAGUAAUGCUUAUUGUGUAUGUCCGGUUUUGGUGGCUUUGAAAUUUAAUACUGAUCAAAGAAAGCUGUAGAGGUUAAAAGCUGGAUUAUUGGCUGAUGUCUUGGACAGUAAAGUGUUGCCAUCAUCUUUGUCUUUCAACUGAUAAAACACA